GCGGCGGCGCGAGGCGACGGGUCCCCGGCUCUCCCCGAAUUCGCUUUUUGUCCCUCCGCCGCGGGGAGCACCCAGCGAGGAACUCGUUUCUUUCCCGUGUUUCCCCGCCUCCCCGCCCCCCGCCCCCCGCCCCCCGCGAGUCCCGUAAAAGCAACAGAGGCGGCAGGGGUGGCGCGAGACGGCGUGGUGUCCCUCCGCCCGGCCGACGGCACUCCUUUUCGUGUCCUUCCACCGUUCCCGGGCGGCGUCCGGACGGCUCACCGGGGGCGGCGACGCGUCUGCGGCGCGGGAGGCGAGGCUCCGGGGCUAUGAGGUGAGGGUGCCCGGACAGCGGCGGCGGCGCGCGCGGCGCCAGGGCCCGGGACGCGGACCCCCGGCGAAGGCGGCCUUUGGGACGCCGCGGCCGCGCGAGAGGCGAGGAGAGAACGUUGGGAUUAUUCUCUGAGCUAUCUGAAGAGAGCGACUCAAUGCACCUGGGUCAGGCAGUCUGUGGGCAUGAAGUGGUUGGGAGAAUCCAAGAACAUGGUGGUGAAUGGCAGGCGGAGUGGAGGCAAGUUGUCUAAUGACCAUCAGCAGAGUCCAUCAAAAUUGCAGCACGCGGGGAAGGAGGCCACGAAGGCUGGCAAACACGCAGUUGAGAGGAGGUCAAGCAGAUGUAAUGGUAAUUCGGGAUUUGAAGGACAGAGUCGAUAUGUACCAUCUUCUGGAAUGUCUGCCAAGGAACUCUGUGAGAAUGAUGAUCUGGCGACCAGUUUGGUUCUUGAUCCCUAUUUAGGUUUUCAAACACACAAAAUGAAUACUAGCGCCUUUCCUUCGAGGAGCUCAAGGCAUUUUUCAAAAUCUGACAGUUUUCCUCACAACAACCCUGUGAGGAUUAUCGAAAACAACUGUCUCAUCCCCUUCCUGUCUGCACCCAGAACCAUUUCUUCCUUUGCCUCACUGUCAUUUCACGCCUAUAGCAGCCAACUGAGACAAUUUCGGCCUAUUAAGGGAAGGCAAGAAGAACUAAAGGAAGUCAUUGAACGUUUUAAGAAAGAUGAACACUUGGAGAAAGCCUUCAAAUGUUUGACUUCAGGCGAAUGGGCGCGGCAUUAUUUUCUCAACAAGAACAAAAUGCAGGAGAAAUUAUUCAAGGAACAUGUAUUUAUUUACUUGCGAAUGUUUGCAACUGACAGUGGAUUUGAAAUACUGCCUUGUAAUAGAUACUCAUCUGAACAAAAUGGAGCCAAAAUCGUUGCAACGAAAGAGUGGAAACGAAAUGACAAAAUAGAAUUACUGGUGGGUUGUAUUGCCGAACUUUCAGAAAUUGAGGAGAACAUGCUACUUAGACACGGAGAAAACGACUUCAGUGUCAUGUAUUCCACAAGGAAAAACUGUGCUCAGCUCUGGCUUGGCCCCGCCGCCUUUAUAAACCAUGAUUGCAGACCUAACUGCAAGUUUGUGUCGACUGGUCGAGAUACGGCGUGUGUGAAGGCCCUGAGAGACAUUGAACCUGGAGAAGAGAUUUCUUGUUAUUACGGAGACGGGUUUUUUGGAGAAAAUAAUGAGUUCUGCGAGUGUUACACUUGCGAAAGACGGGGAACCGGUGCUUUUAAAUCCAGAGUGGGACUGCCUGCACCUGCUCCUGUUAUCAAUAGCAAAUACGGACUCAGAGAGACAGAUAAACGCUUAAAUAGGCUUAAAAAGUUAGGUGACAGCAGCAAAAACUCAGACAGUCAAUCUGUCAGCUCUAACACUGAUGCAGAUCCCACUCAGGAAAAAAACAAUGCAACUCCUAACCGAAAAUCUUCAGUUGGUGUGAAAAAGAACAGCAAGAGCAGAACACUGACGAGGCAAUCUAUGUCAAGACUUCCAGCUUCUUCCAACUCUACCUCAUCUAAGCUAACUCAUAUAAAUAAUUCCAGGGUACCAAAGAAACUGAAAAAGCCUGCAAAGCCUUUACUUUCCAAGAUAAAGUUAAGAAAUCAUUGCAAACGGCUGGAGCAAAAGAGUGCUUCGAGAAAACUCGAGAUGGGAAGCUUAGUACUCAAAGAGCCCAAAGUAGUUCUGUAUAAAAACUUACCCAUUGAAAAAGAGAAGGAGCCCGAGGGGCCAGUUCAAGCCGCGGCAGCCAGCGGGUGCUUAACCAGGCACGCGGCGCGGGAGCACCGGGCGGGCUCCGGGCGAGGCCCGGCGCCGGCGGGCGGCGCGCCCUGCACCCACGCCACCCGGCGGUCGGCGCGGGCGAGGCUGGCUCCGCGGGGGCCGUGUGGCAGCCCGCGGGAGCCCGGCGCGUCCGACGGCCCUGCGAGCGGCUCGACGGGCGCCUGCCCGGCCAGCGGCGAGCGGCCGGCGCCCGCGGCGGCACAGAAGCGGGAAGCCAAGUGUCAGGGGCGCGACAGCAGCGCGUCGAGGAAGAAGUCGCGGCAAGGGAAGCCGGCGAACCCGUUGGCGAGGGCCGAGGAGCCCGCCGCCGGGCGCCACUGCCCGGGACAGGCCGGCGUGGCGCCCGAGGUGCUGGCGGCCCGCUGCGAGCCGGCCGAGCGCCGCGCCCCCGAGCCCGAGCCCGAGCCCGAGCCCGAGCCGGCGCCCGGCGGCCACGCGGACUGGGCUCCUGCGCCCGGCGGCUCGGCGGGCGCGUCCGAGGGCUUCCGGCCGAAGGGCGGCUUCCGAACUGCGAAAAGUAAAAAGAAGCGGCGGAUCACGAGGUAUGAUGCGCAGCUGAUCCUGGAGAAUAACUCCGGGAUUCCCAAACUGACUCUUCGUAGGCGCCACGACAGCAGCAGCAAGGCAAACGACCAGGGGAGCGAUGGCACGAGCGCUUCAAAAAUAAGCAUCAAGUUAAGUAAAGACCACGAAAACGACAACAAUCUGUAUGUAGCAAAGCUCAAUAAUGGCUUUAACUCAGGGCCGGGCAGCAGCUCCACGAAGCUGAAGAUCCAGCUGAAGCGGGACGAGGAGGGCCGGGGGCCGUGCGCCGAGGGGCUCCGCGAGAACGGGCUGUGCUGCAGCGACCCCCUCUCGCUGCUGGAGUCGCGCGUGGAAGUGGACGACUACAGCCAGUACGAGGAGGAGAGCACGGACGAGGCCUCGUCCUCGGAGGGCGCCGGGGAGGACGAGGACUACGAGGAGGACUUCGAGGACGACUUCAUUCCUCUUCCUCCAGCCAAGCGCCUGCGGCUGAUCGUCGGGAAGGACUCCAUAGACAUUGACAUUUCCUCCCGGAGAAGAGAAGACCAGUCCUUGAGGCUCAACGCGUGAGCUCUCGGGCUCCGUCCGGCCUGGGAAACCUCCUUCAAAGAAGUAAAAACAAAUUCCAGUCAGUUAUGCCCCACCCGAGACGUUCUAGCGGCCGCACCUCCCUUCUCUCUCCACUUAGCAGCGUCAUGCUGUAGAAAGUGUACAGCGCACUCUCCCCAAGUCUGAUUUGUGCACAUUUUUAUUGUACUUUUUAAAUAGCCUUCUUAACGUGCAAUUCUGAGUUAGAGGGAAAGCCCCGUUGUAAAAUAAAGGCUCAAGCAAAAUUGUACAGUGAUCGCAACUCUCCACACGGGACGUUGAAAACAAUAAUGUGGCUACGCAAUUUUCUUUUCCUUUUUCUUUCUUUCUCUCUUUCUUUCUUUUUUUUAAACCAAGAGCAUCAACUGGCUCUUUAAUAUAUGACUAAAAAAUAAUUUAAAACAAAUCAUAGUAGCAGCAUAUUAAGGUUUUCUAGUAUAUGCUAACAUCACCAGCAAUGAUCUUUGGCUUUUUGAUUCCUUUGCUAGAUGUCUCCCCCUCGGAGUCCUGUCGGUUUCACACUGUUUGCUGGCCCAGGUGUACUGUGUGUGGCCUUGCUUAAAAGAGCAAACCAUCGGUUGGGAGUCGAAUUGGUUUCUUUAAAAAAAAAAAAAAAAAGUACAAUUACACGCGUGACCGCUAACUUUCCAGUACAUUAUAUGUACGAGGGUAGCAGUGUGCAGGAUGAGUUCCAAUUCAGCGUAUUUAUUGCUUGUCAUGUAAAUUAAAGACCUUGUAUUUAACACUUUUCAAUCCUUUUAGAUAAAAUUGUUCUUUGCAAGAAUGAUUGGUGCUUAUUUUUUCAAAACUUUGCUGUGAACAAUGUGAUGACAACAAGCAACGUUUAUCUAAUGAACUACAGCUCUCUUAAUUUGGGUCUUCAAGGUUUCUGUUGCACUUGUAAAAUGCUACAAGGAAUAUUAAAAACUCUAUUCACUUUAACUUAUAAUAGUUUAUGAAAUAAAAACAUGAGUCACAGCUUUUGUUCUGUGGUAACCUAUAAAAAUGUUUGUCUUUGAAAUUCAAUGUAAAGAACUGAAAACAAUGUAUAUGUUGUAAAUAUUUGUGUGUUGUGAGAAAUUUUUGUCAUAAGAAAUUAAAAGAACUUACCAGGAAGGUUUUUAAGUUUAGAAAUAUUCAUGCCAAUAAAAUAGGAAAUUAUAAAAUAUAUAGAUUUAAGCACUGCAUCAGUGGGAGUUCUUGGCUUAUGUUAGUUUAUGUAUGAAAAUAUCAAAGAUUUUUUGACUAUAUUAUCAGUUAAGCGAAAAGAGGAGUCAGAUUUAAUUUGUUUUUUUUUUUAAGCACUUUGAGAAGAGAAAUUAAUUUUAAGUAACUUAAUGAGCAAAUUUUUGAUUACUACUUUAUGUUCAAUACCAACCUUUCAUUUCUCUGGAUUAUUUUACAAAUCAUUGGACAAAGAAUUUGGGAAUAUAAAGCUGUAGCAGGUGUUUGACGCCAGUGGGUCUCUCUUUCUGGGAAAUGUGUACAUGUACUUUCAGAUACACAGCGUUCCUGAGUAAAAUCGAUUUAGGGGAUUCGUGUAGUGUCUAUCGAAAAGUAGCCCAUGUCUUAAGAUAGUGAAAGGAAUCUGCCCGUGACGAAAAGUCCAGUGGAGAAAACCUCGAUGCUUACUGUUGUUCCCAGGUGAUUCCUGCCGGUUUCCAGGUUCUGGGGACACCCUUUAAAUUGAGUCCCAUGAAACGAUUGCCAGUAGGGGUUCCACGUAGAAAUUAAGAAUAUUCAUAAAAGUGUUGGCAACGUAGAGUUCUUGUUUCUCCUCACGUUCUUCAAGGAGUUACUUGUGUGGUCUUAAUGUCGCCUCAUUCCCGUCUGUCCCGUGCAGGUCAGCCCCUCGGGUAGUGGUGUGGCGGCCCCCCUCCCCCCGCUCCGCAGGUGGUUCUCCCCCUCGCGAAGCAGGACGGCCCCCCCGGGCUCUGUCCCGAGGCCCUCGGAGCGCAUUGCGGACCACGUCCAGUCCUCACGUUGUCCCUCGGAGGAGUGUGAGACUCGUGCCAUUAAGGAAGGUCGAGCAUAGACUCGGUGUCUGGAAAGUAGCAGAGAGCGGUGGGCCACCUCUUUUCACUCCCGGCCUAGCGUGGGGCGUGUCGAAGAGGUUCAGAGCCUCAAUCUCGAACCGUCUCCCGGAAUGCCAACAACAGCCAUUUCAGGAAUCUCCAUCUUAAGGAAAAAGUCACAAAAUCCCACAUUUCCCACGUUUCUCCAUUUUUAAGCUUAAUUUUAGUAACUUAUUUAUGUUUGUGUUAACUUGAUUGCGGCCUCGGCUUUUCGAGACUGACCUUCCCCGUGGGCCCUAGCAGCGGGGCCCGGGGGCGUCCCCGCCUUGGGAGUCGGGGUGCACAAGCGCUGGGCAGCCGCGGCUGCCGCCUUCCAGGGAAACCUGAUUUCCGUUUUUCCAGGUAGGGGCCUCGGAGCUGCUCGGGCUCCACCGUAGAACUUCACCGUGUGGAAUGGCGAGAGCCACACGCGGGUGACCACUUGGAAGAGGUUGCGUUCCAUACAACUUUGAGCUUGAGCUUAUGCAAUGAUUCGUAAAGAUUCUGGCAUUGUAAGAAUUAGGAAAUGAUCAUAAAAAUACAUGUAAAGUAUUCAAUUUUCAAUCAUUUUUCAAAUUACUGUUUUAAAUUGUUUUGCUGAGUUGUAAUACCUUUGAGAUACAAUGUAUUCCUUGUACUGAAAGAAUGAAAAAAAAAAAGGACUUUUUCAGCAUUUGAGGUAAGUUCUUUAACGUUUCAUUAAAAACAUUUUUUACAAAUAUUUUGUACAUGCACUUGGAGUAUUGAGGUUAAUCAUUUUAAUAAAUUCGGAAAUUAAAACAA